AUGGAUACAUUUGUGAGUCAAACCAGGAAGCGCUAUAUUGAUGGGAGAACAGAUGAACAGAGAGAACCUGUGUGGAAAAAAUGUAAAGGGGAAGAAUGCAAUCAGGGGAUUGUAAAGGAGGAUGCCUAUUUGACUGAGUUCUCUCAGCCUCUUCCUUGGCAGAAGAUUGAAGCAGAGGGACUGGACUGUGACUAUGCUCUACUCUUUCGUAAAAAGGAAGCAGACUCCCUCUACACACAGCUGGAGGAGGAGGUAGUCUACCUCACAGGUAUUCAAUUGUCACACUCAAUUCAGUGACAGUUCAGAUACAUUUUUUCUUGGUAUGUAGAUGAGCCAUUCUUAUUUUGUUACAGGGGAUAAAACAAAGAUUCAGGUGUUUGGAAAGGUCUACAAUGUCCCCAGAAAGCAGGCAACUUAUGGGGACGCAGGACUAACCUACACCUAUUCUGGAAUGAGUCUUCAGGCCAGCCCGUGGACUCCAACCUUGGAGUACAUUCGUGAUGCUGUUACAAAGGCAACAGGCCAAACCUUCAACUUCGUCCUGAUUAACAGGUGAGUCAGUCUACACUGCUAUAGAAUAUUCUACAUCUACAGGGGUGUAUUCAUUACGUCUUGCAACGGAAACAGUUUACCGUUUAAGAACCAAACGGAAGCAAACAGAGCGAAACGAGCAGGGACCAACUUGAAUUUGUCCAAUAGAAACUGUAGUUUUCAUUGCAAAACGUUUUCUGUUUGGAGUAAACGGUUUGUUGCAAAACGUUUUGCAACAGAAUCGGUGUAAUAAAUACACUCCAGGACUGUGCGAGUGUGAUUCCAUUCUAGCUGCUCCUGGUUUUCUCAGGUACAAAGAUGGACAUGAUCACAUGGGUGAGCACCGUGAUGAUGAGCGGGAACUGGACCCCCUCUGUCCCAUCGCCUCCGUAUCUCUGGGGGCGGCCCGGGACUUUGUCUUCAGACACCGGGAAGCACGGGGAAAACAGUGCCGACGGCAGAUCAACCCGGUGAAGCUGGAACUGGCCCAUGGAAGCCUGCUCCUCAUGAACUCUCCCACAAACACCCUAUGGUACCACAGCCUGCCAGCCCGCAAGAGGGUCCUCACACCCCGCAUCAACCUCACCUUCAGACGCAUCCUCCAAGACGGCAAGAAAUGA